CCGAGUUGGGGGACUCGGCUAUUAUUGCCUAUAUAAGCUGCCCGAUUAGUUUUGAUUGAUCAGUGCACGAAUUUGUUUGCUGAAUAACUAUUAUUAUAAUAAUAUCAUCGUCGUAAUCGAAAAACUCCAUCACCAUGAACGGAAAAAUUGUCUUGUGUUUGGCGGUCGUCUUUGUUGGACAGGCCAUGUCAGCUGCAACUGGUCCUUCAUCAUUAGUGGAUUCCGAGGACCUUAAAAAAGUAGCUGAUCAAGUUGCACAAUCUUUCUUGUCCAUUACCAAUCACGUUGUGGCAUUGUACCCUAACUCUGCCGAUGCCCAAAAAUCUGUGGACAAAGUUAAAUCUAUAAUAACCAAAGGAUUCGAAAACGUGGAAACCGAAACCAAUAAACUUAAGGAUAUCGUUCGCAAAAACGCUGACCCCAAAUUGGUCGAAAAAUACGAUGAAUUAGAAAAGGCAUUCAAACAACAAGUUACUGAUGCCAAAGUAAUUUUCGACGAAAAAGUUGGCAAGCAAAUUAACGAAAAGGUAGAUUUAAAGAAAAUCACCGAAACAUUGCUCAAGACUACCAAAGAAUUUGAAACUACCAUGAACAAGGCUAUUGAUGGAGUAAAGAAACCAUGAUCAUUUUAAAAUGCCAUGCAACUAAUCCAACCAACAAUUUUUUAUAUUUUUGUUAAUUAAAUUAUUUUUCUUUAUAAAAUCUAUUUUUAUUCCUGUUUUUUUUAUUUAAAUAAAAGAUAAUAUCUGAGUUAAUAUAUUUUUUAAUUAUUUAUUGUAUGUUAUUACAUAGUUAUAAGUAAAGCUGGUCGGUUUUAUAA